AAGCGUCCUGAUUGGUGCACAGGGUGUGGCACGCCGCGAGUGCCAGAGCGACCUUCCUCCAAGCUCAUUGGUUGGAGGUCGGGUCCCAAGAUGGCAGCAGUGCCACUCAGGACCUGGGCAUUGGCUGACGUCCCUCUGGGCGGGGCAACCAACUCCUAACGAGGAUAAUUGCCGUAUAUAAAGAAAAGUUUGGGGUUAGAUUUGAUCGAGUCGAUCUGAGCGCUUUGCCUUCCUGGCUAAAUUAGUGGAAGCCAGAGACCAAUUGAGCCUAGUUUAUCCCCUCCAGCCUGGACGGAAUUGAGUCGGCCCGCGGAAAGCUGCGAAUGGUGAUUACCGGGCCAUUGUUCUCGUUAGCAAACAUUUUCGGGGAUUGUGAGGCGGGGGGCAGCAAUUGAGGCCCAUUGGCUCUUGUUGUCGCCGGGCGCGGACAUACGUACGUGUGGCCGGGGGAUCCUAACCGGCGCCGUCACUUUAUUACCGCUGAUUACUCUCGCCUCCUAUUCGAGCCUACCGCUGCCCUACACGCGCGCUGAUUACCCUCACUUAGCAUUGCUGUGCCAGCCCCAUUGAAGCCAAUUACGGACACCACCGCAGCACUUCUGCUGGCGUAAUUGGCAUCGCAACAGCCCCAUUAGGAAAUUGAUUCGAUGUGACUGGAAUUAAAGAAGGAAGAGAGAGCGAGAGCGAGAGAGAGAGAAGAAGAAGAAGGAACGGGAAUCCUAGUUUUUGAGGAGUUGUGCGUGAGGAGCACUCUUGUGUCUUGAGAGUACGGAACUUAUUCACUAUUUUCUUCGGAGGCUGUCAUUCCUCCCCGCGUUCCCGUUGCUCCCUUCUGCCGAGAGCUGCCGCAGGCGACGCGACCGACAUGAACGGGCAGCCAAAUUCGGCGGCCAGCGCGCCCUCUGGCAAUGUCGGAGUCAAUGGCAACGUCACGCCAGGUAAGGGCGUCGGAGGAGGACCUUGUGGAGUCAACGCAGGUGGUGGAGGAGGUGGCAGUGGCGGUGGAGGGGCGGGUGGAGGAGGAGGAGGAGGAGGAGGAGGAGGAGGAAGUGGAGGGGGUGGCGGUGGAGGAGGUCCAGGUGGGGGAGGGGCGGGAGGCUUCCAUAGCAUCCAGGUCAUGUUGGGUUUACCUGGCGACCUGCUGCUGCCUCCAUCGGCUACGACAAACAGCAGAGACUACCACGAUUCUCUGGCCACGCCCACGAGCCUCCAUCAGCCCACGGGAUCGUCGGGGGCACAGCACACCAUGACCCUUCUGCCACACAAUCACAACAACGCGACGCACCCAUCGACGCCCACACCGCCCCAACCCGCCCACUACAAUGCUCAACCACACGCCCUCACCAACCUCAGCCCUCAGAAUACUCACGCACACAAUCAAAACAGCCACGCCCACGUCCAGAGCCCGGCUCAGACGCCGAACAGCCACGCCCACGGGCACAACCACGCCCAAGCCAGCACGUCCCUGGAAGCCCAGGGGCCUCUGCCUGGACCGGUCGUUGGGGAGAAGAGGAAACUGGACGACACAGGGUCACCCUACUCGGCCGCCUCCGGCGCCAACCCGGCACACUCACAGCCAAGUUCCACAGGACUGAAUGGCUUUUCACCAGAUUAUUUACAAUCAUCCGGGGAGAGUCCUGCCAAGAAAACAGAUUCCAAAUCCAAAAAAUCUUCGGACACCCCGGGAGUGAAAAAGAAGAAAACCAGGACAACAUUCACGGCCUACCAGCUGGAGGAACUGGAAAGGGCCUUUGAGCGCGCCCCUUACCCGGACGUCUUCGCCAGGGAGGAGCUGGCAGUCAAACUGAACCUAUCGGAGUCACGCGUACAAGUCUGGUUCCAGAACCGCCGCGCAAAAUGGAGGAAAAGAGAACCACCCAGAAAGAAUUACAUACCUCCAGGAGGAAUGGGUGGUGCUCUAGGUGGGACUUUCAAUUCCCUCAAUUCCCUCAACACACUCACCUCCUUCAACACCGGCGAUGCUUGGAGUUACUCCUCAUAUGAUCCAGCCCAUCUCAAUCUCCUGGGGCCAACCUCAUACACAUUCUCAGCCAAUCACAACCCCGGAUAUAGCUACCCAAUGCUUUCUCAACCAAUGAUCAAUGAUUCCCUUUUUCCAAACCCCAUUGGUCAAAUGAGGACUGGGGAGUUCCAGUCACCGACCGGGAUGCGGGAUUUCGGGAAUGGACACCUGAAGACUUACGAAUAUCUACAGGAAGUCAAGACGGAGGAUUUUCUCCACGAGAAAAGGGACGCCAACAUGAACAGCGUCCGUCAUCAACUACCCACAAAGGAAAACAAGGAUUCUUCCUACACCACGCUGCCUUCUUUUUUAAGUUAAACCAGGAGCUUCGAGCUAUGAAGAGGGCACGCCUCCAAGAGGAAGCCCAGGCCUACGAAGCUCAAAUAUCUCAGGCCUAUACUCCCAUCGUAGCUCCACCUUCCCAGACAAUCAACCAGCCUCCUUCAGCUAUGCCAUCUGUUGCUCCUCCAACUCCUAUUGUGAGCCAGUCUCCUGGUAAUUCAGUAGCUCCACCCACUCCCAUGGGAAAUCAGUCUACAUCUGUCUCCGCAUCAGGUUCUAACCGUCAGCUGCUGUGCUGUGAAGAUUCCAGUUAUGACGUUGGUAGCUCUCAAGCCUAUGACCAACCAGUGCCUUUACAUAAGUAUGAUUCACCCCCGAUCCUCAAAAUAUCUCACUCACACCACCCACCUCCACCCUUGGAAAAGUAUGAUCCAUCACCCCAACCUUCAUAUAAGUAUGAAGGCCAUCACUCACAGCAGCAUGACUAUGAUUCAGCAACAACCUCUUCUGGUCCUGCUCAUGAUUAUGACCCUUUACCUCCACAGGUUCCUGUGGCGAGUGACGAGGAACCACUGGUGUAUCCUAAUGUGGGCGUUGAAAGCCACACUGGACCUCCAUCCAUGGCUGACCCUCACAUGCCCCCUGGAUAUUUCUCCCACUACCCAUUAGAAUCACAAGAAAAUUUAGAUUCACAGGAUCCCUUAGAUUAUAGUGUCUUAGAAGCUCUCUUUGAAGGUGGGUCUUAUGCUGGCCAAGGAGAGUCAGGAAAUCCAGAAGCCUAUCAAGAGUAUCAACAAUACUGACAGUAUGUAUUCCGGAAGACUCAAUACUGACAGAAAUUUGUAUGAAGGCAGAUAAGUGAGGGUACUCUUGCACCAAGGGAGAGUGCUGUCUGAUUACUAUUGGCUAUAUUUCAUAAAAGUUCUCUGAAGAUUUCUUAGCCCUGAUAUCUCCUUGAGAUUGCCGGAUUAGAAUGGAGUACAACAUGCCCGGUACACAAAUUCAGUGAGCUUCCUCUUUGUGCCAAAUACCAACCGAACCUUAGAGUUCAGAUGUGUUAACUUUUCUAAUAUUUUCUCUAUACUGGCUACGAGAAUGUUAGUGAUUAUGUAGGGAGUUAUGGCAAAUGUUUAUGUACUUGUAUAUAGAAUGCUGUUGCUGAGCAAAGUUUGUGAUACUUUGUGUUAAUUUUUAAGUAUCUAAUUUAGUAGGUGGCUACAUUUUGGGAGGCACCAAAAUUUCAUGUUUGUUUUCAAGAUACCUUAUAUCUGAGGAAAUACUCAAAGGUUUUUUUUAUUACUUUUAUGAUUAGCAUGAUAUUUAUGAAAUUGUAAGCAAGUCGUUACAUUAGAUGACUAAAUGUACAAAGACAAUUUUGUGUUGUGUCCGUUGUUAGGUUAUUAAUGAUUUCAUCCACAUUGAUUUCUGUGUGCCACCAUUGUAAAUAGCUCUCAAGUGUCCGGCAUAAGCAGUUCCUUAUGUAGAAUGUAAGAGUUAUGAUUGUUUCUAUUGUAUUUUAACAAGCUUUCAAACAUUACAGCAGACAAGAACUUACUAAUUCAUGAUUACACUAUAGAGUGACUUAGUAGGUCGUAAAGUCAUGCUCAGAAGUUGCUUGCGUAUCCUCCAGCCUGUCGUAGUGUUGUCUUUUGGAGUGUCAAACUCUGUGUCACAAAGUAUGAAGAAGAAACCAAUAGAGUGAAGUGGAGGUUUGGGCCCAACUUUUGUGUGACUUUAACAAUCUGCUGUCCCCUUUCCCCCUCGCUUGCAUUUAUAUUAGAAUGCCUGUUGCAAUUUAGUAAUGUGCUGAAUGAGUAUUGUAUGAUUUUGUGAAAAGUGCUGACCUGCAGACAGAAAAAAAGGAAAAUCACAUGUUGCCUAUGUGAAACGUAACCUGCACCAGGUUACCAAGCCAAGCAAGCAAAGAAGGCAAGCGUUCUAGGUUGCCAUUUACAAUCCUAUGUCACAUUUGAUAGGGUCAAGAUUUCGUUAGUCUUUCGUUGUAAAGUUCACCUGCUAUACCAGAUUAUCAUGUAGAAAGAUCAGUCAGAAAUGCUACAGGAAAGGUGCCUUUGGCAAAGAACUCCUUCAUGCUGUCAAAAGAAAACACAGUGCCAUUCAUAGGACUGAAUAUAGUGGCUCCAAUUGAUCAACCAUCUCAGCCUCUCAUCUGGGGAAUAAUGGGAUAAUAACAAUGAUUAGAGACCCUCAGAAUAGUCUGGAUUAGGCCAGCCAGCCUCUAGGUGAACCAAUCCUCUUAUUGCAUAAAGCUCUCUUACAUACAAACAUCCAGACAUGAUUCCAUGUUAAUAUGAUAACAACCACCUUGCCUCUAGCCGAAGGCCACUACAGUUUUUUGGAAUAAUUGUUAUAAUCUAAAUGUGCUGUGAGUUCAGCGAAUUUUGACGUCUUCAAGCAGGCAUCUCCCACUACAGCAAUGUGGACAUUACCUAUGACAAAAUUAACAGCCUCCUUACAGCAUGGAACCCAUAGACCACAGCACCGUUCAUGAGGUCCUACCUUAGCUAUUAUUGCUAAGAGGACAUUCUUCUGCACGGAGCACACUAAGAAAGAAGAAGAGGCAAAAUACAUGCAAUACAUAAUAUGCUCGCAGUGCAAUUGCAAGCUUUUAUGCCGUACCUAUUCCUGCAUUCCAGCUCCAUAUCCUAUAUACAAGCUUAAUUCUACUCCAGUUUCCCCCUUAAUCUUAAGAGAACUUCAUUGCUUUUCUCAUUUCCUUAAGCAAGGGGAAUUUAAACUUCAUCGCCCUCCAGUGUCCAAGACAAUUAUUGAAAGAUUUUAUAUUAAUUGGAGAAGUUUGAUCUCUGUUCAGUGCUAGUUUGAUGAUUUAAUUUUGCUGUGUAAAUAUACAUACUUCGUCUUAGACUAAAAAGUGGAAGAUUUCAUGAUUCAAACGGAAUCUAACGCUGGCUUCUCAGACUUCAUAAUAUUCUUUACUUGAAUUCUACUGAUAUAAUGGACAGUAAGAUCCGGGUUUAGUUUAUUACGUUCUAUUGAAUGUAAAUUAGUAUUUUUCAGAGGAAAAUUUCAUUCUAUAGAUGCCCUUUUGUACGAUUUAAAUUCCCUUGAUUCUCUAACUAACACUUUUAUCUCACAUUUUAGCUUUCCUUACAUUCCAUCUUAUAGGCCGAGACUUGCCCCAAGCUUAACUAGUUAAAUCCCGAUGCCUAAAUCAAUUUCAGAAGUCCCUUCGACGAAGCACUAACGGUGAAGGCGAAAGGGCCUUCGUCUCCACUCUUUCCUUCGGCGAACAGACCGAGAGUAAUCCGACAUAUCAUUACCAAUAACAAAGUUCAUCUUCUGGGAUGAUCCCUAAGACAACGAAGUUUUAUAGAAGAUUAAAAGAAUAUAUUAUAUUAUUUUGUAUUGAAAUUCGCAGAGCAGAAAUAUUAUAAAAUAUAAGGAAAUAAAACAGUCUCUUGGCA